AUGCUGCAUCGACCGGAACGAGAGAUGGCAGACGAGGCAGGAGGCGGAUGCAGGGAUGCGCAGGCAGCCUCGUCGUACGCUCCCCUCACCCCCGUCAAAGACGAGAGUGGCGACUGGCUCGAAGCACUCAACCAUGACGGUGCCGCAGAGGUUCCGUUCGCUGCAUCAAGUACAUGCUCCGCGGCGACAUGCCAGCCGCAAGCCCUUUGUGCCCAUCAUGCAGUGAGCGGCACGGAGUGCCUACAUACUGCGCAGGUUGGGGGUGCGCCGACGACGCCUGCCGCGAUGCCUCCUGCGCUCGAGCGACGAGCACGAGCACGAGCACGAGCACGAGACGAGCACGAGCACGAGCUCCGUUUCAACCGCUGUUCGGGAGACGGGAGGACGAAGAAGUCUGCGAGACGAGCGACGAGAAGCGCAGACGUCGAGGCGGAACACAAGGCGCAGGCGAUGACGGUCACCGUCGAGCCGGUCGCCGAACUCGCGUCUCCUCGCCGAACUGGGUUCACCCCCCCCCCCUCUCCUCCCCCCUCCCCGUUUCCUCCCCUCGUGCCCCUCGUCUCCGGUUUCCUUUGGUCCACUCAUGCUCGCCCCUCGCCCUCCCUCACGCUCCUCAUCCUUGCGCCUCCAAGUGACGGCAUCACGGCCGCGAGCGAUGGCCGCCGAGAUGAGCAUCGCCGAGACGGUCGACACUCGAUGGCUGUCGGUACGAGGCUGAGCGUCCUGGUCCUCGCUCUCGUACAGAAACGGCAAGACUUUGUCCCAAACGGGCCACGGCUGGGAUGA